AUGUCAUUGCAGCAACUCAGAAUGGUCCUCAGUAGUCUGUGUGGCCCCCAUGUGCUUGAGGAAACCCGGCUCCCUCCAAUGUCCAUCCCGGCACCACACACUGUACAUGGACCAUCGGAUUCUUCGUAUCCUGAGGAACCUCAAACGGUGCGGGACCUUCCAACAGAGAAGAGGUUCUCCUGCACUGAGUGCGGGAAGUGUUUUUGUUACAAAUCCCGUCUCAAUGUGCAUAAAAGGUCUCACACGGGGGAGAAGCCUUACCCCUGCCCUGAGUGCGGGAAAUGUUUUUCACAGAAGACUGAAGUUUACAGACAUCAGAAAUCUCACACGGGGGAGAAGCCGUAUUCCUGCCCUGAGUGCGGGAAAUGUUUUUCACAAAAGUCUCAUCUUUACAGUCAUCAGACAUCUCACAUGGGGGAGAAGCCGUAUUGCUGUCCUGAGUGCGGGAAAUGUUUUUCGCUGAAGUCCAAUCUUUACAGACAUCAGAGAUCUCACAUGGGGGAGAAGCCCUAUUCCUGCCCUGAGUGCGGGAAACGUUUUUCACAGAAGUCCCAUCUGUCCAUGCAUCAGAGGUCUCACGCGGGGGAGAAGCCGUAUUCCUGCCCUGAGUGCGGGAAAUGUUUUUCAGACAAGUCAAAUCUUUACAGACAUCAGAGACUGCACACGAGGAAGAAGCCACUUUCCUGUCCUGAGUGA